AUGAAGGUGUCUGAUCUUAUUCUAGAAGGAGAAUGGGUUAUUCCAAUUGAGAUGAUGGAGAUGAUUUCAUUAAAUGAACUUAUUGUCAUAAGUGAUGGAGAAGGUAGAAGAAUUUGGUCAUACACUAUCUCUGGUAACUUUACAGUGGCAUCUGCAGUCCAUAAAAUAAGAGAAAAAUAUUCUAAGUUGCAAUGGACAAUUCAGGUAUGGCACUCAUCUGUUCAUCCUAAUAUAUCAAGUAAUGUAUGGAAACUAGCUAGAAAUGUUUGUGCCACAGAUGAAAAUUUAAAAAACAGAAAGGUACAGUUGGCUUCAAGAUGUUGCUUUUGUAAAAAGGAGGAAGAGAAUAAAGAGCAUAUACUGUGGCACUGUAACUUCAGUGAAAUUGUAUGGAAAUGGUUAGGAAACAUCUUCAACUUCAUCAACCCCAGAUCUUUUGAAGAAAUGUUGACCUUGGCAAAGAACAAAAGUCCUGCCAUAAAAGAAAUUUGGAGGGUAAGUUCUUUCAUUACAAUGAGAGAACUGUGGUUUUCCAGAAACAAAUGUAUAUAUGAGGAAGAAGUUUACUCCAUAAAUCUUAUAAAGGAAAAAAUUCUGAAACUUACUAGGGAAUGUGAAGUGAGGAUGAAAGCUUUAAUGUGGAAUAGUUCUUAUGACCUUCAAGUGCUAAAAGUUAUGGGACUGAAAUGCAGAAAGGUGAAAACAAUUACAGUUAAAGAAGUGUAUUUUCAACUUCCUCCUCUCAAUAAGAUUGUUCUUUGUUGUGACGGUGCCUCAAAAGGUAACCCUGGGAUCUCAGGUUAUGGGUUUAUAGGCAGAUCAAGCUCUGGAGAUUUCUUAGUUGCUGUUACUGGAGGAUUAAGAGUUUCUACAAAUUUCUAUGCAGAAGUACUUGCAAUUUUAAAUGCAGGAGAAUGGACAAUUAGAAAAGAUCAUAAAGAAGUUUGGUUCAGAACUGAUUCAGCCGCUGUGAUUUCAGCUUUUCAGAGUAAUAAGAUACCUUGGUUUGCUGUCAAAAGAUGA